UAAAUUCUGUCAUCAAAAUUUUUUCACAACCGAACCGCAAAGGAGACAAAACAAAAAAACUCCAUUUGGAAAUAGUUGAAAAAUUUUCAAAUAAAAUAAUAAAAUGUGGUUCGAAAUCAUACCAUCAGCUGCAAUUAUUACAAUUGCUUUAUCCAUUCCCGGAUACGCAAUGUAUGGAAUCCACAAGUUGACCCUUGGAAAUGCAUACCGAAGGAACAUGGAUGAACGUUUCGACCGUGUUAUGUAUCAACGUGAUCGCAGAAUAAUGGACAACCCGUACAUCAUGAGCGGAUUGGAGUCUAUUCCAGACAAAUAAGCGAGAUGAAAAUUAAUAGUUGUAACCGAUAUCGAAAAAAAAUAUAUAUAAUAUAGUUGGUUGAUUUUCAAUUACAAAAAAAAGAUGUUUUCAAUAUUUACU